AUGGGACUUCUUCCACGACACCCUCGCCCAAUUCCUUUGACUACAAAGGAGCUCGGUCCAAUCUCCGACUUGGCUCAAUUUUCCGCCUUGAUCAUCUCCAUCGUGUUGGUAGUGUGCUUCUUCGUUCGCUUCUAUAUUCUCGAGGGAUUUCUCAUCCGUCGUCUGUAUGGCUCAAUAUAUACUAAUAUGAGUGAGCUGAACCGUCGUGGCUUUGUGAAUCAUCAUAUCGCUGGUGUCACUAAGGUGAUCAUUUUGAUUGUUGCCGCGUACCCCUUCGUCAGUAUCACAUUCUGCAAAGGGCCGUCAUUCAACACGCCCUUUGUCCAUGGCUCACCAGUGUCCCUUGGGGACAUCAUGAUUGUUGUGGCGCAAAUGUUGAUUGGGAUCUACAUCUUCGAGUUGAUUUACCGCAUGAAGUUGUCACCCGUGGCCGUGAUGCACCACGUUGGGACAAUCUUCAUUGGCCAAGCAGCCAUCGCGAUCAGUCUGCGGCCAUUACGUGAGCCCGACGCGUACAUCGAGUUCGUCCUUUGUACUGCCUGGGGCGCAUUCGAUGCCGUCUUCGAACUAUUCCCCCACGUCGCUAUCAUUCUCUAUCGCAUCUUCCCCGAACGACACCGCUUCCUCAGUAGGGUCUUCCUGAUCUCUUGCGUAACAACCGCAUUGGGAACAAUCACAGAGACGAUUGUGACAAUGUGGCUGUUCGGAAGCACGUGGGACCGGUGGCGGCUUGCCUUCAAAAUUGUCACCCCACUCCUCCACAUUGCGUUCUCCGCUGCUCAGAUCCAUGGCAGUAUUGUCUUCUGGCGGAUGUAUCGCCGACAACAGCACUUUCAGAGGGAGACCGACGCUGAGGCCAAAGAUGGCUUUGUUGUGGGUGAGAUUUCGCUCAGCUAUUGCCGAUCCUAG